UUGACCACACCUACAGCUGUGAAGGUAGAUGGCAUCUCUUCCUGGAUACAUGCUUCACAUCUGAAGAAAGCGCCUCAACCAGACCCGGACUGGCGACAUGAAGAGGAGUCAACUCUCCGUGGAAAUAAGAAAUGGAGAAUGAGGACAGCACGAGAGACCCCUGUGCUGGAGCUACAGCCGGUGUCACCUGCUUCAGCCCUGGGGCCCGGAGCACCUGCUGGAAUGGCACCGGGCCUGGCAGAGCCAGCGCCAGGUCCAGAGCCCACCAGCCCCUGUGCGGCGAGCAUCUGGGACAUACCGGGAGUGGUCUCGGGCCCCGAGGUGGAGCCCCAUGAGCCUUCAGAACCCAGCAGGCCUUCCCCCAGCCCUGGGAUGAGACCGGCUAGGCGCCAUGCCUGGGAGCCCGAUGAUGUGACCAGCAUCCUCCAUGGCAGCCAGCUUUCAUCCAUCCCAGAGGGCCAAGCCCUCCACCACUUGGUCGAGAAGAAGCACCUGGGGCCCACUGUGGCAGAGCUGGAAGAACCACGGCAGACGCAGCUGGCUCCAGAGACACAGGGAGGGCCGGCUUCAUGGCUAGAGCCAGUUCAGGAGCUCCCUGAGACCCCUGUGCUGGAGCUACGGCCGGUGUCACCUGCUUCAGCCCCUGCAGAGCCAGAGGACAUCCCAGCAGCGCCCUCAGCCCCAACGCUGAGCCCUGAGCUUGAGCCCCAUGAGCCCUCGGGCACGGGGCCCAGGGCACCUGCUGGAAUGGCACCGGGCCUGGCAAAGCCAGAGCCAGCUCCAGAGUCCAUCCUCCCGGCAUUCCCCCCCCGUCUGGUGGCCGAGCAGCUGACUCUGAUGUAUGCAGAACUGUUCACCAAGGUGGCAGUGGCCGACCGCAAGACCCGCUGCAGGAGCCAGUCAUACAACGGAAACGUUGAGCACCUGGCCCCCGCCGUCAAUAAGAUCAUAAAAGAAUUCAAUGACGUA